AUGAAUUUAUCUGCCUCCAUACAAGCUUCUUCCGUUCGUGUCUACACGCCUCUUGAAGUGAAGCACAUGAUUCUCAAAAGUGUCUUCAAAGAUGGAAUAGGCGCUUCAAGGGGUUUUCCUUCUAUGGCCCUGACGCAUCUCUCAAUGUAUGACCCGGACACUACCAUGCCAUUUGCCGCUGCCACAUCAUUAGGUGAGGGAGAAGGUUUACCAGCAGUCAUUGAAAAGACUGAACGAGAGAACGCCAUAUGUGAAGAGCGGGGUCAAAGAAUACUUCAUCAUUUACAGAACUCCAACAAUGGAGCUAUGAGAAGAUCCAUCGAGGAACUCCUUGAUCAAGAUAUCAAUGAAAGAGGUCUUUUAGGAAAGGACCCCAACAUAUUCGAGAAAUCGAUCUUGUCAAAGGCAGUGCUUAUCGUGGAGGAUAUGGAGCGAAAGAGGUCCGAGAAUGAAAUUCAGGAUGAGGGGCAUGAUUUUGGGAUUCUGUUGAUCACGUUGAUUGAUGGUUGGGGUCAAAGUUCUAAGGUUGAUUUGUUAUAUUUCAAGUAUAAGACAUCUUUCCCUGGGUUUAUGUCUACUCUCAAAGGCGAGACGCGAAAUAGCAAGAUUCCUCCAGAAAACAUCACGUCUCCCCCGCUUUACUGGGACAAUGAAGUGAUCAGUAUUUCUAGCAUUCAAAACACCAAUGCCUCGGAACAAUCUGCGGAUCGUAAUGGUUCGUUGUUAAGCAAGACUGAAUCGGCACAAACUAUACCAGAUACGAUACGAGACCCUAAUGACAAAGGAUACAAUCUUUCAGAUGGCCCUUGGAUGUAUCGAUUGCCAAAUCUAAGCAAAGAUCCUGCCGCCAAGCCCGGAUGGAAAUGCAUCAGAACUGAAAAUGACUACAUGGUUAUGCUGGACGGCAUUCGCGGCGUUAACUCCAAAUACACAGAAUGGGGAGAGACAUCAAAAUGUAGUGUCGCCAUCAUGCAUUCUCUAGAUAAAGAUUGUCAACAAAGAUAUUUUGACACCCGAGAGGAGGAGCGUGCUUUUGGGACGAAGUGGGAGACGGAGUUGGAAGAGGCCGGAUUCUUUGAUGACGAGGAGGUUGUUGGUAAUUAUGGAGAUGAUUGGUUUGAUUACUGGAAUCGAAUCCAUAAGAGUCCUCGCAAGAGUACUUCAUCAGAGUGA